AUGACUGAGGACGCGCACCCAACCUCACCUCAAUCCACUAUCGAUAUCGACGAUGCAGUCUCCGCCACCGCCGUCGCAAACCUUACAUUGAAUAACAACAACCGGCCCGACCCCCGCCUUGAAGUAUUCCUCUGGAAUUACCCCAACUUUCCUAAACCUGCCAUCAGGACCGAGUUGCCUCAAAACCUGGAGCGCAUCGAGAAGACUGAACAGUUGGUCUACUGGUGCUCCUUGCUCUUACAGCGUGCGUCUUCUUCACCAAGUCUGACCUGGGCUGAGCGGAAAUGGCUGGAGGAGAUAGACAAGGACUCUACGGAGCAAGAUCGACUGCUUUGGAUUGCCACCAGGAUGGUCGAGGAGUUUGUCCCGAAUGUUGCCAGCAGGAGCUCUGUCGAGAUUGCCGAGGUUGUUUCCCUAGGUCCUAUUCUGGAGAAGGAGCCGUAUCGCAAGUUGCUCUCGUCCAUCAUUGCAGCGUUUGAUGAUGCUCUUCUCCUAGACGUCACCCUACUUCAAGGUCUUGUCCAGUUGGUACAGUCCAACUCCCCUGGGUACCUGGAAGCUGACGAUCUCAUCAAGAUCCUCAGCAUCCUCAGGGUUCGUCUGCAGGGGACCCAUGGUCAGUCGUCAGAGUACUCCUACCAACUUGUUCUAGCUGUCUCUCGCGUCUUGGAUGUGAUGGCGGAGCACGGGGUCAAGGACUUGGACCGGGUUGUCGAGCAUGAGCCGCUAUCGGACGUCUUGUCAAGCUUGAAGGGCAGCUUGGACCCCUAUAUGACGUACCAGGCCUGCUAUGCCUUCCAGGCUCUGCAGUAUGUCCCCGACAACGAGACUCCUCUACAAGCAAUCCUUCGACACUCUGCAGGAGUUGCCAAAGGCCUCAUCAACACCACCGCCCUGGCCAGCCUGGACCUGGGCGCAAUUCUUGAGGGCCUUACCAGUCUCCAAAGCGCCUUCCUCGGCAGCACCUUUAUCACUGUCAAGACCAUUUAUGGUGGUGCUUCCUCACUGAUGGAGAACGGUCAAAACACUCUGGAAGCUCUCAAGGAGAAGUAUGGACCUGGGAAGAAGCAACCCUGGUACGCCGCCAUCCGUGCCGCCCACGCCCUUGCUCUAGCCGGUCAAAUGAAAGACUUUAUCCGCUUCAUCUGUGAGGCGCCUUGUCGUCGUGAUCCUCUGUUCCAGUGGGGCAUAUCCCAGAUGCUGUUAGAGAUGGCGAGCGACGCCGCCUGGGAUCGCGACACUCAAGGGCGCGUCUGCCGUCUUAUUGGACUCUGCAUGUGUACCCCUGAGUGGACUCGGGAUGAGAGCCUCAGAACCUACUUGUUCAGAACCAUGGGACAGCUUAGCAAUCCUGAUGGUAAGGUUUUCAGCGGCAACACGUCUGGUAUUCGCUACCCGAUGAGGAACCGUCUCCCUCUGCCUACAUCAUCACCUCUUCUCGUCCGAGUUCUGGGUAUUCCCGAUGUCGAGUACGAUCUACACAUGUUGAAGAUGCAGCGGCUUGGGGAGCGCAGGAAGGGCGUUUAUAUUCCUCCACAGGCGAAACCGAGUUUGAAAGCGGGCGACAACACCCUGUUCCCUCUCAUGGAGAAGGUCUUGGACUUCCUGGCCAGCAAUCGCCAGGUUUUGCUGUUGUUGGGAGAUUCUGGUGCUGGAAAGUCGACUUUCAACCUCGAGCUAGAGAACACACUGUGGAAGAAUUACAAGAAUUACGGGCCCAUUCCUCUUUACAUUGGCCUUCCUACCAUCGACAACCCGGCUCAGGACCUAAUCGAGAAGCAGCUGCAGUACCACAACUUCAGUGAGGAGCAGAUCCGGGAAAUGAGGUUGCACCGCAAGUUUGUUCUCAUCUGCGAUGGUUACGACGAAAGCCAGCUCAAGGUCAAUAUCCACACCACGAACCAGUUCAACCAGCCCGGACAGUGGAAGGUCAAGAUCGUCAUCAGCUGCCGCACCCAGUACCUUGGACAGGAUUAUCGCUCCCGCUUCCAACCCCAGCCUGUUGACCAGUACCACCGUGUGGCAACAGACCUUUUCCAAGAGGCGGUGGUCGCAGCCUUCACGAGAGCCCAGAUCCAGCAGUAUGUCGAGGAGUAUGUCAAGGAGCUGCCUUUACAUGACCUUCUUCAGGACCGGUCGCCUUGGACAGCCCAGGAGUACAUGGAAACGCUGAUCAACGUCCCUCAUCUCAUGGAUCUAGUCUCCAACCCUUUUAUUUUGACCUUGGCUUUAGACGCUCUUCCUUCUGUCGUCGACGCCAACAAAGACCUUUCGUCUAUCCGUAUUACGCGCGUGCAGCUCUACGACAGUUUCGUCAAACGAUGGCUCAAGGUCAACAGGAAGAGACUGGAGGGCAGUCCACUGAGCGCCCAAGAGCGAGAAGAGUUGGAUCUACUCAUCGAGGACAACUUUUCUUACCACGGCAUCCACUACCAGAAGGACCUUUCCAUAGCGAUCUUCGUGGACCAUGCAGGAAACCCGAUCGUCAAAUAUACCCAUCUUCGCGACAAGAACACAUGGAAGGCUACGUUCUUCAAUCCAAGUGGCCAGGCCAAGUUGCUUCGAGAGUCUAGUACGGUGAUGCGAUCCGGUGCCCACUUUCGGUUCCUUCAUCGGUCUCUUUUGGAGUACUUUUAUUCAAGAACUAUUUUCGAUCCUAUGGACUACGACGCUGAUGUGGAGGGUAUGGAGGAGCGAGAACAGGUUUAUGACUUCAGGACCAGCUUGGCUCGGAGAAGUAUUAUCCAGGAGUCGUCGAUCGUGCAGUUUUUGGCGGAGCGUGUGGUGCAGGAUCCGCCAUUCCAACAACAACUCCAGGGUGUCAUUGAGGAGUCCAAGUCGGAUGUUGAGGUGGAGUCUAAUCAGGUUGCGGCGGCGAACGCGAUCACGAUUCUUGUUAGGGCUGGUGUGGACUUCCGCGGCGCCGAUCUCCGAGGUAUCAAAGUUCCAGGCGCGGAUCUCUCCGGCGGGCAGUUCGACUAUGCUCAGUUCCAGGGCGCUAACUUGACGGGCGUCAAUCUCGCGCGGAGCUGGGUGAGGCAGGUGGAUAUGAGCGGCGCAAAGAUGGAUGGCGUGAGGUUUGAAGAGCUACCUUACCUCGUAGCAGAGGAUCUAACUUCUGCCUGUGGUUAUUCACCUGACGGCAAGUUGCUUGCCGUCUCUGUGUGGAGCGGGGUCAUUGACGUUUACGAAACAACAACCUGGUCAAAGACCCGCGAGCUCAGAGGACAUAUGGGAGGGACCAACGACGUUACAUUUUCGGCGGAUAGUCAGCGUAUCGUUUCUGCAGGCAAGGACAAGACGGCCCGGGUGUGGGAGAGCAACGCUGGUGUGGAGGCGGUCUUGGUCUUGGAAGGACACACCGACAGUUUGUUUGGCACGUCGUUUUCUCCGUGUGGCAAGAAGGCCGCUUCUUGCAGCUAUGACAAGACGAUUCGGUUGUGGGAUGCGCUGACAGGAGAGUGUCUUUUGGUUUUGGAGGGACAUACCAGUAGCGUCAGGAGCGUUCGAUUCUCGGCUGAUGGGCGGACUCUUGUCUCGGGGAGUGAUGAUAAGACAAUUCGGUUUUGGAACGCCGAGACUGGGGAGCCGGCCGCCGUUUGGACGUCUCCCGUUGGGGCUGUGAGGUGCCUUUCGUACUCGCCCAAUGGACGAUGGGUUGCUACAGGUCACCCCUAUGGUGGCGCGCAGCUCUGGGAUACAGCAACCGGAAAACCGAUUGCCGACCUGUAUGGCCACACCCACGAUCUCACAAGCGUUUCCUUCUCGUCCAGUAGCCAGUGGCUAGCUUCCUCGGCCGUUGAUCGAUCCGUCAAGCUGUGGGAUGUGUCGUCAGGAACGCUCGUCGCUACCUUGAACGGUCACAACGGCGAUGUCUAUAAAGCUGACUUUGCUCCGAACGAGCGCCAGAUUGCGUCGGUGGGUGCGGACAUGAAGGUUCGCCUGAGGGAUGUCAAUUCGAGCGAGUCGAUGUCGUCGGGUCUUGAAGCAUCGUCACCACAGGACCAACGCGUCAGUAUCGUUGCGUUGGCGUAUGCCCUUGAUGGGGGUUCUAUUUUCACCAUUGACGACGACCUGACCAUUCGGUGGUGGAAUCGCGAGGUGCUUGCAGCUGGAGGUGGAGGAGUAGGGGGAGGACUGUACAUGACCGAUCUCUACACCGACGACAUUGAGGACAUAUUCUUCCUUUGGUGUGCAGCCUUUUCACCGGAUCGCCGCCAGAUCGCCGCCAGCUUUGACGAAGGUCCUAUCCGAUUGGCGAGUGUGCGACCUGGUCCUGAUACCGCACCUGCCACGCGUAUGAAGGGCCAUCUCCGGGCCGUAACGGCUAUGACCUACUCGUCGUGUGGCCGUUGGCUCCUCUCUGCCUGUUUGGACAAGGCGGCACGGUUGUGGGAUCUACAUGAGGAUGGUUCGGCGCCGGGACAAGGGGGGCAUGUUCUUGUGCAGCUGGAGGAGAGUGAUCCGGUUGAAAUCGAGGCUUUAGCCUUUUCGCCUACUGGGCACCAACUUGCGGUUGGAUUUUCUACUGGCACCGUGUCAUUGUUUGAUCCUGUCUCGAAGGCGCUUGUUGUUACGUCCAAGAAGAAGCUUCAGCCCGGUGGCCGUGACGAUCGUCAUCUUGUAUUGAAGUACUCUGCGAGCGGACGUCAGCUAGCGAUGGGGACUGCCACGGGGUCUAUCUACCUCUGGGACGUUGCUCAGUCUGUGGCGGAAGGGGAAACAGAGAAGGAGGAGCCCGGUGUUUUGGCCCAGCUGUUGGAGGGACCCCAGGAGAUCAGCGCGCUUGCUUACUCGCCCUGCGGUACCUGGAUCGCCUCUGGCAGCAUUGACGAGACCGUUCGACUCUGGCAUCGCCAAUCGGAGGAAGAGAAUACCUGGUCGUGUGUGUCAGUGGUCCGUGGGUUCUUUGGAUCCAUUCGAGAUAUCGCCUGGAACCCGGUUGUGCCGAUGGAGUUUGUGACGGCUUGCAGGGAUGGGUCUGUUCGCGUCUGGGGCGUGUCGCCAGGAGUUGGUGGUAAAGAUGUGAAUAAGAGGGAGGAGGUUGAAGUUCGGUUCCUGUGGGGAUCUGAUUUAGGGAUCUUGUGUGCGGCAGAUAUGAAAUUGGAGGGGGUUGUGGGGCUUGAUUUGAUGGACCGCAAGUUGUUGGUACAACGCGGUGCUGUUGAGGCUUUGGAGGCGUGA